UCGGCUGCUUGAGAAGUAGCUGGGCAGAUUACCGUGAACUUUCGGUUUGGACAGCUUAGCUAGGAGAUGGGAGAUUUCACAUUUGGUUUCGAGAUAUGUGAAGACGACAGCAAUAUAGACACUGCUUCUAAUGAUUCUUCUGCAGUUAAAGACCAUAGAGGACCAGAUGAUAUAACCUUGAGACCAGCUAAAGAAAUCUAUAUUCCUUACAACGAGACAAGAAAUGAGGAAAGGAGAAUUGUGUGUGUAUCAUGCGGUGAUGUGAACCUGUGCUACCUUCAUCCUCAAGAUGUAGAAGGAAUGAUUGAAGAAAAGAGUGACAUCAAGGAGGCUAUCUCAACACAUUCUGAUCUCCUGCCGUCUGUUUAUGAAGGUGGGCUGAAAGUCUGGGAAUGUUCCUUAGACUUAGUCCAGUAUCUCCAGGACUUGGAUCCCAUCUCUUUCUCUGGUCAGACUAUCCUGGAGCUAGGAUGUGGAGCCGGUCUACCAGGGAUCUACACUCUGAUGAAAGGAGCUACUGUCCAUUUUCAAGAUUAUAAUGAAGAGGUCCUGGAACUCCUGACCAUUCCAAAUGUCCAGCUGAACACCAUACCAGAGGUCUACAAAGAGAAAUGCCAUUUCUUAGCUGGGGAUUGGAGUUUAGUGCAAGAUCUCCUAAUGCAGGAAGGCACCAGGUAUGAUGUUAUUCUGACUUCAGAGACAAUAUACAGCUUAGACUCCCAACCCAGGCUUUACAACAUUAUCAGAAGCUUACUCAAACCAAAUGGAAAAGUAUUUCUUGCUGCUAAGACACAUUACUUCGGUGUAGGAGGUGGGACCAGGCAGUUUGAAGACUUUGUGAGAGAGAAGGGAGAAUUUGAAAUAGAAUCUAUAAAAGUUAUCAGUCAAGGAGUUCGGAGGGAGAUACUGGAAAUGCGGUUCAUACAGCCUGAGAACAAGGGAGCAAAGACGUGAGAACACAGCAAGCAAUCCUCAGAGCUUGUUGACUUGAUACCUGGAACAUAGACCUUGGAGAAAUUCAUUUCUAAAGGAAUGAGGUUUAGACUAAAUGAAUCAGCUGUGUUUGUUUAAUAAAACAUCUACUCCUGAUGAUGGUAUUCUGGGUUUAUAUAAUGCUUAAUACAUCUACAAUGUCUAUAAGCGCUUUAAAGAUAUACUAUUAUCUCAGUCAUCAGAUUCAAGCUUGCCCGCACGGCGCACGCAAUGUAUCCACAUUCUCUACUAUCUGGGGAGAAUUUAAGUCGUGCCCCAUUUCACAGACGACAGAAUUCUUUAUAGCAGUUGUUUGAACUCUCUUCCUUUGGCACCUUAAUGCUUGAAUUCGUGUAGAAGUUCCCUCUCUUCUGUCUCUCCACUAGAAGGCUGCACAAUAUCUAGAUGCAUUGGCAUCUUGGAAGAGAGACUUGAGAAACGCAUGGCCAUUGACCCAUCUGAGACACUCCCUGCAGGAUCUGACCGACCAUGGAUCACAAUAGCACAGUUUUAACAGGCAGCGUACAGGUAUGGGGAGGUGCAGGGCGAACAUGCACAAGUGGGGAUCCAUAUACUGGUUAGCAGAUAGUUAGUGGGCAGGGCCCCUUGACCACGGACCAUCUAAUGAGCUCCGACAUGCUAGCUGACACAUGUACUGAGAAGGAUCUGGCAGAGGCUAACGACGUGGGUCUUAAAGAGAAGGUUGAUUUCUGGGAAAAGGUGAAAAUAAUUUGUGAGCGUUAUUCUUGUAUUAUGCAAGUGG